UUGUAAUGUAACGUUUCAUUGGUUGUAGCCAUGUUGACAAAGAAAGAUAAUCUAUCGUCCUCCUCUUCCGAAAGAUGAAUCAGAAGUGAUUUCUGUUGUCUGAAACUAUUACUAAUUCAGAAUUUUUCUUUUAUCCAGGAAUUUACAAGUAUAACUACUAAGGACAUGUCAAAUAUCAAGUGGAUGUUGUCAGUUGCUGGUGCUGAGAUUUGAGCCUCCCCAAGAUGUUGGUGCGGCUUAAGAAGAAGCUGCUGCUCCUGACACUGAUCCUGGGUGCCAUUCCUGUCAUCUUCAUGCUGUACCUCGUCAUCAGCACAGAUGAUCCUUACAGUGCUGAGGGCAGCGCCGGUCACCUGGAAACAAGGCUGGCCGAGAGGGUCAACAUUUUGGACGAGCAAAACAGACUGCUGAGGAAGCAGCUCAGUCAAGCCCAGAGUCAGCUUCUGAAAGCGCAUAUGAGUCUGGCAGCAGAGAACGACGUUGUAUCUCAGACCGGCAACAAGUCCAGGGUCAAGUGCAUCAACUCUGAACCCGAGGUGCCCAAGUGUGAGGUGAUCCAGGUCGCAAUUGUCUGUGCGGGUUACAACUCAACACGUGAUGUAGUCACGCUUAUAAAGAGUGUGUUAUUCUAUCGGCGAAACCCACUUCACUUCCAUUUUAUCUCAGACAGUGUCGCAGAAAUCAUUCUCAGGAAUCUGUUUACUACUUGGAAUGUUGCUGGAGUUGAAGUCAGCUUUUACCCAGCAGAUGCUGUUAAGCCGGACGUGUCGUGGAUCCCGAACCGCCAUUACUCCGGAGUGUACGGCUUGAUGAAGCUGACCCUGCCUAAAACAUUACCUGCUGACCUAGAUAAGGUGCUUGUUUUAGAUACUGAUGUUACAUUUGCAACUGACAUAGCAGAAUUGUGGAAAAUAUUCCGCGUUUUAAAGACAAAACAGGCUAUAGGUCUUGUAGAAAACCAGAGUGAUUGGUACUUGGGGAAACUCUGGAAGAACCACAGACCCUGGCCAGCACUGGGCCGUGGUUUUAACACUGGUGUAAUACUCCUCGAUUUAAAGAUAUUAAAGGAACUAAACUGGAUGCAGAUGUGGAGGCUAAUUGCAGAGAAAGAGCUGAUGAGCAUGCUAGUUACAGCUCUGGCAGAUCAGGACAUCUUCAACGCGGUGCUGAAGCAGCACCCCUACAUGGUGUACAAGUUGCCAUGUCAGUGGAACGUCCAGCUCAGUAUGAACACUCGCAGUGAGCAGUGCUACAGUGACGUGUCAGACCUCAAGAUAAUUCACUGGAACUCGCCCAUGAAGCUGAAAGUCAAGAACAAGCAUGUAGAGUUUUUCCGCAACAUGUACCUCACCUUCCUGGAAUACGAUGGCAACUUGCUGCGGAGGGAGCUGUUUGGAUGCGGAACACCGGGCUCAGCCAAUCAGGUUCAAGAACAGUUGAUAUCCAACGAAGACGACGAGUGUUAUGACUUUCGGCGGGAGCGUUUACUGGUCCAUCGUACCCACCUGUACUACUUGAACUACAACUACCAAUACAAGGAGGAUGAUGUGACGUUGGUUUCGCAGCUCAGUAUGGACCGUCUCCAGAUGCUGGAGAUGAUCUGCAAACACUGGGAGGGUCCCAUCAGCAUCGCCCUCUACAUGUCGGACGCUGAGGCACAACAGUUUCUCCGCUAUGCACUGGGCUCCGAAACACUCAUGUCUCGCAAGAACGUUGGUUAUCAUGUUGUGUAUAGAGAUGGGCAAUUCUACCCCGUCAACUACCUCCGUAACGUGGCGCUCAAGCAGGCCCCCACACCAUAUGUCUUUCUGGCAGACAUCGACUUCCUCCCCAUGUAUGGGCUGUACGAGUAUCUCAAGAAAGCCGCCCCAAUGAUGGAACUCUCCACCAAGAAAAAGGCUUUGGUGGUUCCAGCGUUCGAGACCCAGCGUUACCGACUGACUUUCCCCAAGUCUAAGGCUGAACUCUUGACCAUGCUGGACAUGGGUACCCUGUUUACAUUCAGGUUCCAUGUGUGGCCACAGGGUCACGGCCCCACCGACUUUGCCGAGUGGAGGACAGCCACAACGCCCUACACUGUGACCUGGAAGUCCGACUUUGAACCGUAUGUGGUUGUGCGGAAAGACGUCCCCCUGUAUGACCAGCGCUUCAUGGGCUUCGGAUGGAACAAGGUGUCACAUAUCAUGCAGCUGGACGCUGAGGGAUAUGAGUUUGUCGUUCUACCCAAUGCAUUCAUCAUUCAUAUGCCUCAUGCUCCUAGUUUCGACAUUGCCAAGUUUAGAUCAAGUUCAUUAUAUAGAAAAUGUCUGAAAUUAGUGAAAGGGGAAUUCCAGAGAGAUUUAUCCAAGAAGUAUGGCAUAAAAGCACUCAAGUAUUUGUCCGUGGAGUGAACUGAGUGGGUCAGGCCACGUUCCUGCCUCAGUCGAUGUGUCAAGUGUACAUACAUGGAAGAGACGAUGAAUGUCAACUGAUGUGAAUGUGUGACAAUGAAUGGCAGUGUCUGUGAUGUGAUUGUGUGAGUUCUGUCUUGAGUGAUGAAUGUCAAAUGAUUCAUUUUAAGUUCUUGAAAGGGAUAUUUUUUAUCAUGUGAAUGGUUGUUAUUCUUGGAUAGAGUGCAAUAAUUGUUCCAUAUGCUGCCACUAGCAAGCAGUUAUCACAUAACAUUGAGACAGAUGAUAGGCUAGGUCAUGUUGAUGGGUAAUCUGGAAUUAUUCUAGAAUAUCAGGUUCAACUCGGGUGUCCAGAAUCCAGAGUCGCCCUUCAGUCACUAAGGGACCAUGACUAAAGAUCUGCAUAUACUAGCUGAAACAUCUACGACCAUCAACUUAAAGAUCUAAAGCUAUCGACUAAAAGAUCUAUCUGAUCUAUGGCUAUGGACAUAAAGGUCAACAACUCAUCUAUACACAAAAUUAGAUGACUGUUGAUUUAACGAUCUAGAACUGUCGACUAAAAGAUGUACAGGUCAUGCUUGCGCGCAUGCACGCACACGCGCACACACACACACACACACGGGACAUUGUAUUUUCAAUCUCAACUCCCUGGGGAUCAUACAACCAUUAGGUGCAGCAAGUUAAUGUGGCUUACCCGUCCUUACGAGGUACCCAAUUACUGCUGGGUGGACUGUGUGGGUCAGUAUAAGACACAUAGUACCCGCAGCUAGGUGUUUGCCUCCAGCUGGUCAUUGAUGUGUAGUGACUUAAUGAUCUACGGCUAGGAAAUGAAAGAUCUAUAUUAAAAAAACAUACAAUUAUUGAUGAAAAGGUCUACAAAUAUUGACUAAAAGACCUAUGGGCAUUGACUUUAAGAUCUAUAAGUAUGUACUAGAUCAACUUGUAUUGACGGAAUGAUCUACACCUAUUACAGAUCGAUCGGUAUCUGUGACAACAGAAGGUGUCAGGUUGAUGUGUAUUUGCCCAGUUAUAAUCAGCUCAUGACCCGGCUUUGUUCAGUGUGGAAGAACUGACAUCAAAGUUUUGUACUCAGGCAUUCAGCUUCCAGACAGUAAGUGAGUAUUUGUGGAAUACAUGUGGCAAUAGAGAUGGUACUCUUGACGCUGUUGUUUCCAUAUUUUGUUCUUGUGCUCCUCUGUGUUUGUGUUAAGGUUGUCAGAUUGUUUUAACCAGCUAGGUAAGGAGUUAUGAAUGACGAUAAGAAAACAAAUAAUUUUGUUUAGCUCA